GGCUCAGUCGCUCGGCAGCCUCGACACCGAACGGACGCGUGACCGAUCGAGCCGAACUCGCGUCUAAAGGUGAAAGGAGAGAAUAGAGAAAGAUAUACAACAUCCAUACAUCAUACGUACAUACAUGUAAUACGUAUAUAUAUACAUAUAUAUACAUACAUAUAUAUAUGCACAUGCAUAUAUAUCACAGUUUUAUUCGUGUGCGUUCCCGAGACUGGAAAAUCGGAGUGGUGUGUGUGGCUCUCUGGUGAUACACACUCGGGUCGAUACGAUUUAAGAGGAUAUUCCGAUAUAUACGGAUAUCUCUCUCGCGCGCGCGCUGCCCAGGAACGUUCCGAGACAUAUCGGAUGGCAUUUUCUGCACGUAAAACGGGAUUGUGUAAACCGUCGUUAGUGGAUCAGAUGGGAUUUAUGCGCGGUUAAAGGAGGAGAGAGAGACAGAGGCGGAAGGAACACGACACACGUGCGCGUGGUCGGGCGGCGACGACGAGAUACCUGUGGAUGCCAGGCAACAGCGACGCAUUAGGGCGCGGAUUUCUGCCCGAUGACCGCCGACGGCACUCGCAUAAACUCGCCAGCCGAUCCUCCGCACUGAUAUUACGCCGCGUCAGACGGUUCAGCCCGUGAUCGAGAGAGCAGAGCAUAGAAAGUGGGACGUGUUAUGAAAUUGUUGCCGACGAUCCAACUGCCGCAAUUGCCGCCGGUCUCGGCCGGGGGUGGAAUGACGGGGAUGGACUCUCGGCUACCACCAGGCAUAUCGCUGCCUUUCAGCCCCACGGACCUGCUCUGGCGAUACGGCCCUGCCAUGAAUUUCCCGCCCACGCACCCGCCGCCCAGUCCGUUUCUCGAUUUCAAGACCCAUCUGCCGGCCAGUCUAGCGUCGGACCCACGGCUAUGGUCCCGGGAGGACGUGGCGACGUUCCUGCGAUGGGCGGAGCGUGAGUUCGACCUGCCCCAGUUCGACAUGGACAUGUUCCAGAUGAACGGCAAGGCCCUGUGCCUGCUGACAAAGGCGGACCUGGGUGAACGAUGUCCAGGCGCCGGCGACGUUCUCCACAACGUGCUGUCCAUGCUAGCCAGAGACUUCAGCCAGCUUCAAAGGUGUCUUCCGAGCAGCCCGGUGACACCGACGAGGCCGUCAGCGUACCCGUUGAGCCCGCACUCGCACCCGCCCACGCCCACAUGGACGGAGAACCCGUACACCGCGAACCUCGCUUCUCUGAUGUCCGCGAACUCGGUGACACUGUCGCCGGCGCCCUCGGUGGACAGUCAGGCGGGUUCGCCGGGUCACACGGAGGGCACCCAGAGUCAGGUGUACAAAAGCGACUCGGACGAGGACAAUCAGCAAGCGGCGAACGGGAGCCCGCCGGCCACGCCCACUGCCCUCACCGCGCAAAGGCUAAGCGAGGUCUGCGUGAAGGACCAGCCCAGCCCAACGCUCACGCAACCCAUGAUGCCUCUGACGCCCGGUGCCUUCAGGACGAACCCCGCCAACACGGCCAGGGAGUUCUUCCCCAGCGAUUCGCCCGAACCGAAUACCAACGGUAGACUACUUUGGGACUUCCUGCAACAAUUGCUGAACGACCCGUCGCAACGGUACACACACUAUAUCGCGUGGAAAAGCCGAGAAACGGGUGUGUUCAAGAUCGUCGACCCCCCAGGAUUGGCGAGGCUCUGGGGCAUACAGAAGAAUCAUCUUUCCAUGAACUACGAUAAGAUGAGCAGAGCACUGCGGUAUUAUUAUCGCGUGAACAUUCUGCGGAAGGUUCAAGGAGAGCGCCACUGUUACCAAUUUCUGCGGAACCCGACAGAGCUGAAGAACAUCAAGAACAUAUCGCUGCUGCGUCAACAGAUGCGGAUAAAGUCGGAGCCGGAAGAGGAGGGCGGAAGUGGCGUCGAGCCGGAAAUCGAUAUGCCGACGGACCUCUCGAUGUCCAGCAUGAGUCAGCCGUCGAGCGAGCAACAGCAACAGCAGCAAUCGCAGCAGCAACAGCAACCUCUAUCUCUGCACGACCCACCGACGAAGUACAGGAGUCACGCGUACAAUCUGGUGAAGACCAAUCAGGAGUCGGAGGAGAGGAAGUGACGCGAGUGCUGAUUCGACGACGUGUUAUCAACGUUGGCAGCUUCGACGGAAUGCCUGUUGGACGCGUGCUCGUGAACAGUCUCAUGGAAUUGUGGUCGAGUAAGAUCCGCCGUGAGUGGAUGGAUCGAGUGACGUCACCCCGGGCGAAAUGAAGACAGUGUUCUCGCACCCGGAAAUCCAGAAAACCCGGUGGACGCUAAGAUUUCCACCCCUCCGUCCCUCCCGCGAGCGGGACAGAGGGGAACGCUGAGAAAAGACUGACGACGACGACGACGACUGCAUUCUGGAGAUUUAACGGAAUCAGCGCUGUGCAACAACGCGGCGACAUAUUUGAAAACCGGGUACCGAGUGUCGCUCCAUCUCGACGGCCGAGCUUUUCGGAUCGAGAAGACUUUUCGGAUCUUUCGGUCGUUUCUCGUAGAGAUUGUUUAGUCGAUACACACGACACGUACACACACAUACACAUACACACGUACACACACCGGUUCGACACGUUGGGCAUAUAAAAAAACGGACGUUAAAAAUCCCCGGCCCGAUUAUGGCGAAUCGGCGGGGAUCAUCGACGACGCAGGUCGAAUUAUACCCACCCACGCCUCGAACCGUAAAAGAUGAUUGGCUGCCGGCCGGGAGUCGAUCGUCGUGCCGCAAUUUUUUUUUCCGAAGACGCUUCGGUGAAGCUGAACUUUCGCGGAUAUUCCGCCAUCCGUUCUUUUGUUCUGUUCUACUACUAAACCCUCUUCUUCCGUUUCCUUUUUUUUCUUUUUUUUUUUGUUCUUUCGUUUCUUCGUCCCAGAAAGAAGAGACACGUGCGCGAGUGUGAAAAACGGUUUUUCGCUUCUACAACGAACUACGAUUUUUUUUAGAAGGGGCUUAUAUUAGAGCGUUAUCGACGAAACGUACAAAAACAAGCGGUGGUCGGGAAACGAUCGAGGUGUUUUUCUUUUAUAUAUGUAUAUUAUAUAUAUUAUAUAUAAUAUUAUAUUAAUAUUAUUAUAUAUAUUAUAUAUAUAUACACAUAUAUAUGUGUAUGUAUGUAUAUUCCAAAGUUGUUCUGUGAUGUAACGUUUAGCCCGAAAGUAAAUUGUGACCCGGAGCUUGGUUGUGCGACUAGAGAUUUUUGUUUUAAUUUCGGUGUUGGGGGUGGGAGGGGGGAGAAAUGUUAUCGAAAAAGCCGUACGCGGGAUCUUGAUGAAACUUUGAAAAGAGACGGUCGUAGGGAAUCGGUCCUAUAAAAGUUCGACAAAAAAUAAUUCACAGAGCAACUUGUGUAUCCUUUGAUAAGGAAGUUCGCGCAAGCGGAUUCCGGAUAUCUCUGUUGGUGUUCGAGCGGUAUAUUAAAAGGUAGCAUUUUUUUUUGUUAAUUGUAACUAAUGUUGAAACGUACAGAGACAUCGAGAAUCGGUUGCUGCGAAUCGAUUGUUUAUCGAAGAAAAAAAAUACACACACAACUUUGGCAUUUACACCAUCCCGCUAGCUCCAGUAGUUUCCAAGAUAUUUAAGCCGUACAUGGUCUACGGUAAUGUCUCUCUAAUU